AUGGACUUUCUGCUUUCCACGUUACAAUUGCGCCUAGAAAGGCUAACAGAAGCGUUAAAGGGAGCCACAGAGGCCCUUAACAGCAUUGAGACUGGUGUAGCAAGGGACAGGAUAAUUGCUGUGAAAAUUAAUGUUAAUAGUAGAUUGUUAUCACUCACAACAGAUUUAAAUAGAUAUUUGUCUGGCGCAACGAACAUAAAAGAAGAUUUCUGCAAUGAAUGUCGAGAUAUGCAAGUAAAAGCGGAGGACACGCUUACCGAAUUAGAAAUUGCGAUAAAACUAUACUGCCAUGAGGGAGAAAACAAUCAUAGAACGCGUCUACCUAAAUUAGAGUUAGGGAAAUAUAAUGGUGACAUUCUAAAAUGGAACAGUUUUUGGGAUAAAUUCGCGGCUAAUGUUGAUAGUAAGGACAUUGCCAACGUUGAGAAGCUUUCAUACUUGCUAGCGUCAUUGGAGGGACCAGCCCUUCAAGCAGUUGAGGGUCUGGAAACUACUAACAUCAACUAUCCGAUUGCGGUAGACAUUCUCAAUAGCCGCUUUGGUAAACCUACAAAGGUCAUCGAUGCUCACAAUGAUGCUUUGCAAAAUCUGGCUGUAGCGAAGGAUUCACCUGAAGAUUGUAGGCGCACUCUGAACAUUAUAGAGAAGCACCUGAGGGUAUUAGAAGCUCUAGGGGAGAAAGUUGAUGCUAGUUACCUUAGAGUUAUUGUACUUAAUAAAUUUCCAUCAAGAGUGGUAUACCAAGUGUGGCUUAUGUCAACCGAUGAUUCCUUUGAUGCAGUCCGAAAGGCUUUGGAGGCCGUAAUAACAGCCAUGGAGAGUUCAGUUGUUACAAACAUGAAGAGUUCUGUGAUUCCGGUAAAAUCCAAUGACACAACGGAGAUGAGUACACCUGCUUCAACAGCAACACUGCAAAUUGGAGCUGUAAGGAAAAGGAAAUGGCAACAAAAGAGAGAGGCAAUUUCAGCUCAACCUAAUAGGAAACGCCCUAAGAGAAUGUGCAUAUUUUGCAAUGAAGAACAUUACAGCGAGGAUUGUACCAAAUUUAACACAUAUAAGGAGAGGAUUGGCAAGCUGAAAGAUAGGUGUUAUUUGUGCUUCCAAAUAGGACACCGUGCCUCUAAGUGCACAAGAAGGAGGAAAUGUGUACAUUGCUCUAGAAUGCAUAAUAGAGCACUUUGCCGACAGAAGGUGCAGAAGGGUAAGGAUGGUGAUAUGGUUCUUUCAAACAUGACUUCAGUCAAUGUACAGUUAAAUAAGCCAUCUAAUUUCUUACAGACGGCAGUAACCCAAGUAAGGACAGCGGAGGGGAGAAGUCUGAGCGUUAGACUUUUACUUGAUUCUGGAAGUCAACGAACUUAUAUUACAAACAGAAUAGCAAAAUUAUUACGAAUUAAACCUGAUGGAGAAGAUUGUUUGAUGAUUUAUACAUUUGGAUCAGAAAAGCCUAGAGAAAUGUUUUGCCCAUAUGCAUCAAUAACUGUAGUGAGUAAACGUAAUGUUGAAAGACUGAUUAGAGUGAAUAUAGUUCCAUACAUCACUGCAGAGGUACCCAUGGCUAAGGUAGAGUCACCAAUGAUAGACAUCUUGGCGGACGAUGCUUCUACUGGCGCAGGCAUCGAUUUGUUGAUUGGAAAUGAUUUAUACUUCUCAUUUAUCAGGAAGAGUGUUGAUUUGGGAAAUGAUACUUUCCUAGUUGAUUCUGAUUUUGGUUGGUUCCUCGCAGGAAGUGCUACUGACAACAAGGAAGGGGACACUCUAUCAGUGGCCACAUAUUGCCAGUGCCAUGAAAUUAAUCAAGACUAUUUUACAGAACCAGAUCUUCCUCUGCGUACCAUAGAUGUCAAAUUUUUAUGGUCACUUGAGAGCAUCGGGAUAUGUGAUUCUCCAAAAACUACAUGUGAGGAAGAAGCCGUUCAGCACUUUAACGAGACUGUCAAAUACAGUGAAGGAAGGUACCAGGUCAAGUGGCCGUGGAUAGAGUAUCCUCCAAAAUUGCCUACUAAUUUUGGACUUGCCUUUGGAAGAUUAAAGGGUGUAUUACGAAGAUCAAAUAAAGAAGUCAUGACGGAGUAUGAGAAAAUUUUAAAGGAACAGCUUGAAGCUAACAUAAUAGAAGUCGUGGAUCCUACCAUUCCUGGUGACCAUCCAGUUCACUAUCUGCCCUUUCAUAUGGUUCAACAGAAGGGUAAAAAGGGUCGGCUAGUCUAUGAUGCUUCAGCUAAGCUUAAAAACGAGAAAAGCUUGAAUGAGUGCUUAUACAGAGGUCCGAACAUGCUGGAAGACCUUACAGGAUUGAUACUGAAAUUUAGAAUUGGGAAAAUUGCUAUCACCGCCGAUGUUGAAAAGGCUUUUCUUCAAGUUGGUCUACAAGAAGAGGACAGGGAUGUAACCAGGUUUCUCUGGGUCAAAGAUUUGAAUAAGGAACUGACUGAAGACAAUAUCAUGCAAUAUAGGUUCUGCAGAGUGCCUUUUGGAGUAAUAUCAAGCCCUUUCCUCUUAGCGGCAACAAUUCGAUAUCACAUUUCAAGGACUAACAAAAGUCUUCUUCCAGUGAUAGCAGAUAAAUGUUAUGUAGACAAUUUAGUGACGUCAGUUCAAUCAAGAGAAGAGGCUCUCAAUUUGUAUGCUCAAACAACAAACUCAUUUAAAGAAUUAGGAAUGAACAUACGAGACUGGAUGUCUAAUGACAAAGAUUUUGUAGACAAAAUUCCCAAGCAAAAGAGAGCUAAACAGGAAAGUGAAAUGAAGAUCCUCGGUUUGGUAUGGAAUUUGGAAAAUGACACUCUACGGCUCAAAAUGAAUAACGAAACCUUUGAGAGCGAGAUCACAGACAGAGGCAUUACAAAGAAAGGAGUCUUGAGAGUGCUGGCACGUCUGUAUGAUCCAUGCGGCUUUGUAUCACCGCUCAUGCUACCAGGAAAACUCUUGUUCCAGGAGAUUUGCACUAGAAAGUUUAAAUGGGAUGAGAUUCUGCCUGAAGACUUGUCGACAUCAUGGAGGAGCAUAAUUGAGAAUUUAAAAGCUGUUAAGAAUGUAGAACUGCCAAGACAUGUCGCAAGUGGAUCAAAGUCAGAAUGCACGAAGUAUGAACUACAUUGCUUCACUGACGCAUCUAUGAAUGCAUAUGCAGCAGUCGUUUAUCUGCGAGUCAUAGCUGAAAAGCAAGUAUCAACUUCUUUUCUCAUGUCAAAAUGUAGAGUAACACCAGCAGAAGACAAGAGUGAUCUCAAAAUUCCUAGACUUGAAUUGCUAGGGUAUCUGAUAGGAAGUAGACUUCUGAGGUAUGUUAAAAGCCACAUAGACCUAAAUAUAUGCAAGAUAUAUUUGUGGACGGAUAGUCAAGUUGUCAUAGCUUGGAUCAAAUCAAGUAGACUACUUCCACCAUUUGUAUCGAGACGAGUCAAUGAGAUCAAGCAAAUUAAGGACAGCUUAGGUGCAGAGUUGCGCUAUGUCAACUCAAAAGAAAACCCUGCAGACAUAGCUACCAGACCAGAAUUGUGGCAUCAUAAACAGGAUCUAUGGCUCCAUGGUCCAGAUUUUCUUCUAAAAGAGCAAAGUGAUUGGCCUAAGGAGCAGAGGAAAGAAGAAAUGUGCUUGGCCGGGAGGGCUCUGGACACGGUGGAUGGUCCAGAGAUGACAAUUAAAGGCUAUGAAGACCAAGAUAAUGAUCUUAACCUUUCUGAAAUGGAGGCUAUUCCUGCAGCCACUACACUUCAUGAAAGUUUGGAUUCUAUGCAAAACCCCUCAGAUGAAGAAAAGUGUGAAGAGACAGUGACUGAGAUAAAGAAGUUGCAAGAAAAAUUCUUUUCAGAAGAAGUUUCAGGAAAGGUGACUAGUUUGUCACGGAACUUAGGUAUCUUUGUAGACGAAGAUGGGAUCUUAAGAUGUAAAGGAAGAUUCGCAAAUGCUAAUUUAUCCUAUGAUAAGAGAUAUCCCAUUCUGAUUCCGAAGAAAUCACCCUUCACAACCCAGAUAAUACUUAAGACGCAUAGAGACAACUACCAUGUUGGGGUCCCACACACGCUAAGUAUAUUACGCGAAAAGUAUUGGAUCCCUCAUGGGCGAGCCCAAGUACAGAAAGCUCUGAAGAGAUGUUCGCAGUGUGAGAAGUAUUCUGGAGGUCCUUACAAACUGCCACCACCACCUGCACUACCCAGUGAAAGGGUUAAUUAUAGCUCUCCAUUUACCUUUACUGGAUUAGACUACCUGGGUCCAGUAUUAGUGGAAACAAAUACUGGCAGAGAAAAACGAUGGAUUUGUCUUAUGACAUGUCUAGCAGUUCGUGCUGUACAUUUGGAGUUGGUCAAGGCUUUGACGGCUGAGGAGUGCUUGCUAGCGAUACGCCGGUUCGUGGCGGCUAGAGGAUCACCUAAAGUAUUGAUAUCUGACAAUGCACUACAGUUCAAGCUAACAAGUGAAGUACUAAUCCAUUCAUACUGCCAGGAGAAACACAUCAAGUGGAAAUUCAUCACGCAGCUUGCACCCUGGCAAGGCGGCUUUUACGAAAGAUUAGUUGCACUGGUAAAGCAUUGUUUAAAGCGCACACUUGAUAAGCAUUUAUUAACAGACGGUCAAAUGCAUACAGUAGUAAAGGAGAUUGAGGCUGUAUUGAACACAAGACCUUUGACUGUAGUGGGUUCUGACCCAGAGGGAGUGCUACGACCAGCUGAUUUUCUGUCUCUAGGUCAGUGUCUAGAAAUAAACCCAGAACUUGGUGAGGGCACCUCACAAGGCACCAAUACUAAAGUCGACUUGGUUGAAGGCUGGAAGAGAGGUCAGAGGAUUCUUAACGAGUAUAAAGAGAUGUUCACCAAUCAGUACCUACCGAGUCUGCGGGAAAGAUUCAGCCAUUCUCAUAAACAACAGCGAGUGAUUUCAAAGAAGUCGCCUGAAGUCGGUGACAUUGUACAAAUUAAGAACGAUUCCAAAAAUAGAAUCAAUUGGAAGGUUGGUAGAAUCUCAAGUUUAAUCCGAAGCCGUGAUGGUGAAUGCCGAGCAGCCAAAGUGGUAGUUGGGAAUACAGAGUUUACGAGAUCCAUAGCCCAUCUGUAUCCGUUAGAGUCUGAGACAUACGGCCCAAUAGAUUAUGCACAACUACCAUUACAAGAAAACGAGAUGGCAGAGACACCAAAUGAGCACAUGGAGAUGGUUGAAACUAUGGAACCCAUAAGAGUAUCAGAAACGAUAGUGUCACCCGAGCCCGAGAUGGAAAUUGAUGAGCUAACAAUCCCUACUGAAUCGGCAACCGAGAAAGAAGUUUCUGUGUUAGAUUCUGAAAGUAGUCCUACGCAAACUGAGCAAGCUCCCGCUGCUGAUACAUACGAGGCAGAAGUGAGAGAGCCAAGAGUUAUGGAAGAACGGCCAGAGGACGCGACAAGAGUAAGGCGGAACGCUGCCAUUUGGGCUAGAGAACGAAUAGCCGAAUGGACGCGUCAGCUAAUGACGCUACUUAUGUAA